AUGAGCUGGAGCUUCCUCACUCGUCUCCUUGAAGAGAUCCACAAUCACUCCACAUUUGUGGGAAAAGUGUGGCUGACUGUGCUCAUCAUCUUUCGCAUUGUUCUCACAGCGGUCGGCGGUGAAUCCAUCUACUCAGAUGAGCAGUCCAAGUUUACCUGCAACACCAAGCAGCCGGGCUGUGACAACGUGUGCUAUGAUGCCUUCGCCCCCCUUUCACAUGUUCGCUUCUGGGUUUUCCAGAUAAUCAUGAUCUCGACUCCUUCUAUAAUGUACCUGGGUUAUGCCAUCCACAAGAUCGCUAGGACCUCAGAAAUGGAGCGCAGAAAGCACCGGAGACUUCGUAAGAAGCCCCCACCUCAUUCUAGAUGGAGGGAAAGCCACCAUCUUGAAGAGGUCCUGGAGGAGGGAGAUGAUGAUGCAGAGCCGAUGAUCUAUGAGGAUACACUGGAAGUGCAGGAGAUCAAGCCUGAGCCAGGGGACAGCGCAAACAAAGACCCAGCGAAACAUGACGGACGCAGAAGAAUAAUGCAAGAGGGUCUAAUGAGAAUGUACGUUCUACAACUCAUGUCACGAGCUAUUUUUGAAAUAGCUUUUCUUGCUGGACAGUAUUUACUUUAUGGUUUUCGAGUUAGUCCCUCUUAUGUGUGCAACCGAAUACCUUGUCCACACAGAGUGGACUGUUUUAUCUCUAGACCUACAGAGAAAACAAUAUUUCUCUUAAUUAUGUAUGUGGUGAGCUGUCUUUGUCUAAUCCUAAAUGUGUGUGAGAUGCUUCACUUAGGGAUCGGUACUUUUCGGGACACCCUUCGCCUGAAGAGAAACCGAGACCGACGUUCGAUGUCCUAUGGCUAUCCCUUCUCUCGCAACAUUCCAUCCUCCCCACCAGGGUACAACCUUGUGAUGAAAACAGACAAGCCAAGCAGGAUCCCAAAUAGCCUCCUCACCCAUGAGCAGAACAUGGCUAAUGUUGCCCAGGAGCAGCAGUGUACCAGCCCAGACGAGAACAUUCCCUCUGAUCUUGCAAGUCUGCACCGGCACCUUCGGGUUGCACAGGAACAACUUGAUAUGGCCUUUCAAACCUAUCAAAGCAAAACCAACCAACAAAUCUCCAGAACCAGCAGUCCUGUAUCUGGGGGCACUAUGGCAGAGCAAAAUCGAGUCAACACAGUCCAGGAGAAACAAGGCGCGAGACCAAAGUCAACAACAGAAAAGACUGCUACCAUUGUGAAGAAUGGAAAGACAUCUGUCUGGAUCUAA